UUGCAUCUGUCAUUUUCUGUUGAAAUUUUGUUGUCUGGUUUUAGAAAGGCGGAAAAUUUGUAAAAAUAAUUAAUUUUUAUACUUUUAUAAAGAAAAACAUAAAUUAAACAACGUAAAAUAAGUAAAAAAACACCAGCGUUAAAAUGGCAGACCUUAAAAAUGACGUCGAUAGUGAUUUGGAUCAGAAUUACUCAUUGAACAGUAAUGCAGAUCCGAAGAAUAUGCAGGAGUUGACUAUUUACGUUCAAAAUCUGCUGCAGAACGUGCAAGACAAAUUACAAACAAUGUCGGAUCAAAUAAUCACACGCAUCGAUGAUAUGGCAUAG